AUGGCAGAUCACGAGUGCCGCAACGCGGCCCAUCAAGCGAAGAAGGCCGGCCUUGCAUGUGAGAAGUGCCGCGUGCUCAAGGUGAAAUGCAUUCGUGUCGAGGGGCAACCUUGUACAAAAUGCUCGCGAUCAAACUCUGAGUGUAUAGUUCCUGAGCCAAAGCAGCAAGUCCGUCCUCGGCGAGCCAAGCCACGCUUAGCGGAUCUCGAAUCCAAGCUUACCGAUAUCCUUGGAUUACUUUCAGGCUCGAAUACGUCCUCUAGCGGGGAUCAGAGCUUCAAUGUCCCUGAUGUCGACCCCCCCGGUAUCGAUAUACAUGUAGGGAGCGACUUAGCCGACUGGCUUCGAUAUGAGAACCCCACGGUUUCUGAGACGAUUCAACCUCCCCUGCCUGCUGAGGAAGCCCUUAAUACCGAACACGGAACCCUGACUUUAUCUGAAGCUCUUGGUAAUUCUGACUCGGCAUGGAUCACCGACCUCGGACUAAGUCCGGCCGUCCUUCCGCAUCUCCUGGACAACUUCCGGCGCAUGUCCGCGUACUUUCCAUUCGUGCGACUUCCUGAGGAUCUCACUGCGGAGUCAAUGGUCAAUGAUCGACCAUUCCUGUUGCUUGCAGCUGUGACAAAUGGUUCAUCACGAUACCGCCAUUUACAAGGCGCGUUGAUCGAGAAAUUCAAGGAAGCCCUCAGCCAAAGUCUGAUUUUAGCAGGAGAAAAAGACCUGGACCUCCUCCAGGGCCUUCUCCUGCACCUUGCCUGGUUUCAUUUCCACUUCAACCCCUGGAGCCCUCAGACAUACCGAUACUUACAAAUCGCAAUCAGUAUGGUGGUCGAUCUCGGUCUGGAUAAAAUGGUUUCAGAUAUGAUGGACGGAUCCACCGAAUGCGGCGACGCAUACAGUCGGGACGCAUCUCGCGCAUAUUUAGGCUGCUAUUAUAUCUCCAGCGUCAUAUCAACAUCCAACGGCAAGCCGAACAACCUCUCCCUUUCCGAUAAGAUGCUGCAAGCUACCAGAAUAUUACAGCAGACACGGGAAUUCGAGACGGACAACCUGAUAUACCCACUCAUACAACUUCAGCACCUCGUUGAAAGGAUUUGCGAGACUUAUCGAUUCGAGAAAGGUCAGCCAUCACGCUCCCGGCUUCCAACUCAUGCUGGGAUAUUUGCGAGGGAGCUUGGGGAAUGGUGGUCAGCCGUACCGGCGGACUUGCGGGAAAAUGCGCUUUUGCUAAGCGGCUACCACGCGACAAAGGUCAGGAUUUAUGACAUGGGCCUGGCCUACAAUUACGGAGACGCACGGGGUGCCCCGGGCACCUUGCAAAACUCAGCUACAUUACCUCUGUGCCCAAUGCUCAUCAACAACCUGGUCCAAUGUGUUGAGUACACCAAGGAAUAUCUCGACCUUUUCUUCGCGAUUCCCGAGAACGAGUACACCGGCCUUUCGUUCUGCAUAUGGUACAAGACUAUUAUAGCGAUAUUCAUCUUAUACAGGCUCUCCACCGGGGUUUCCGAGAUUCCCGAAUGGGAUGUGAAUCUCACACAUCAGACACUCGAUGUCGAGGGAUAUCUCGGUCGGAUAUCAUCUCACCUGGAGUGCCUUCAGAAGGAUGUGCAAGCGCCGAACAAGACUCUGUUUUCAAUGAUCCCUGAGAUUAUCGGGAGCGUGAGGAGGUCCUAUGAGAUGGCGAGAGGAGGGUAUCGGCAGGCUCUUGAUGCCCGGCAUCCACACCAGUCUUUUUCACCCCCUGCUUCUUCUGCUCGGGGACGGUACCGUUGUCCGGGCAUGAGGAAUUUGAAACCACCCACAAGAGUGACCGUUACAGAGGAUUCUACACUUCAAAGCGCUGUCUCUGCGGAGAUCCAGAUGAUUGAGAACGAGCUGCUCUGGACUGAGCUCUUGGUGACGGAUGCAUUCUCUACCACCACAAGUGCCAACUCAACUACCCACUGAAACUGUGCCAAUUUUACUACAUAUCAAGGCUCAGUCCCGCUUAUAAUGACACGAAUCCUAGAGAUCAGGCCAAGCCGUCAAUUGCAACGCCUUGAGACUGGGACCACCGCUCAGGGGAAAACAUGAGUAGAAACUUUCUUCCCCUCCGCAUCAAACCUUGCAGGAAAGACGGUAAAAAGCCCAUCCUGGUCCCUCGGCUCGUAGUCCAAACUCCUACAGGCCUCCCUAAGCACCUCGAGCCCGUAAUUCUCCUUGACCCAAUGCGCAACCAUAUCCAUCCCCGCAACCGCCCCGCUGCCCGUCCAGAUGUUCCCGUCGACAAUCCACUUUUUCGCCUUUGUCCACUUCACCUUGGGGUACGCUUUGGCGACCCAGUCGAACUCGAGGUUAUUCACCGUUGCGU